AUGAGGGCUGGAGUUCACAAAUUCCCUUCGGUCGUGGCCGACGAGGUGCAGUUCAUCAACACGACGGCGGAAGACAUGGAAGUGCCUCUAGGGUUCGAUGCUUUGAAAAUUAAAGCUAUCCGACUACCUCGCUUGGAAGUGAGGACCUUGCCCCCGAGCCCAGUGUGCGUCGACCGUUCACUUUCCACUGGCAACGUAUCUAUGCUCUCCAGGAUGAUAUCUGGUGACGAAAACUCUUCAGACCUUCACAGCUUACUCUUGCGCAUGUCACUCGUUGACGAAUCGUUACCUACACUUGCAGUGCGCCACUCUCUUACAUCUUUGUCUCUACUCCACACCCACGGCCAGGUCGCUGCGCGUAGCAGCCGUGGCAAGGCACUCUCUGCCAUUCGGCGAUGCAUUACUGGUAGAUUGACUCAACCGAGCGAGGUACUGCAGGUCAUUUCAGCCAGCUUGCUUAUGGAACUAUACGAGAUCUACAGCCAUGAAUCCUCCUCAAACACAUGGACUGGCUCCUUCUGUGGGUCUAAGAAGCUCGCGAAGCUCUCGUACGAAUACGAUGAGGCCUAUGAAGGCGACAUAGCCCUGGUCCUUGACUGGCUAUUUUACCACAACGUUAUGUACAAGUUCACGAUGCGCCACUGGGGGCAACGGAAUUCAGAACAGGAAGAUCUGGCAAGAGAACCGACCAUUAUUUCUAAGGAUCUGUUCUCGCCUAAAAGACAUAUUGUAUCUCAAUCAUCGCGUUUGACAUAA